UAUCUCACCAACCAAUCUCAAUGUCAACUGUCUUUCCUCAUGAGCCGCACCCAUUUUCUGCCUAAGUGACAUUGGAUCGAAUCGGAGUAGUUGCAGCUAGGCCUGAACAACUACAUCGGGAUAGGAUAAUUAUCAAUUCACUCGCCUGUCAUAUCAUUUCUCUUUCCCAUCGCAACCAUGGCUGUCGAGCACGGCGCAUCGUUGCCUUACCAUGAGCCAGCAAUGUUGACUAUCUUAAUUCAGACGUCGUUCUUGCUGUUGCUCAACAUCAUCAAUGCCGUCCUAGACAAACUCGUGUACUGCGGCCUGCUCGGUGAGGUAUUAUUAGGCAUCGCAUGGGGCACUCCGGGCUUCAAGUUAUUAGGAUUGGAGGUGGAAGAAGUCAUUGUCCAACUAGGAUAUCUUGGCCUACUCCUACUUGUAUACGAAGGUGGGCUCAGCACUUCCUUCACGUCUCUUAAAGCCAACUUUCUCCUGUCCUCUGCGGUAGCCAUCACCGGCAUCUCAGUUCCCAUGGCAUUGUCCUUCUCUCUUCAGGGAUUGAUAGGGGCAACGCCUCUGCAAGCUUUCGCUGCUGGUGCGGCGCUCUGCUCCACGAGUCUCGGUACCACUUUCACGGUUCUUGGAUCAAGCGGACUAUCGUCCUCUCGACUUGGAGUCGUGUUGACAAGUGCUGCCAUGAUGGACGAUGUUGUAGGAUUGGUCAUGGUCCAGGUUAUAUCUAAUCUAGGUGGCGGUGACAUUGGUGCUAUCACUGUGGUUCGACCUAUCCUGGUGUCUCUUGCAUUCGCCGUCGUUGUUCCUUUGGCAUGCCGCUUCCUCGUGGCACCUGGAAAUAAGGCUUUGAAUAAGUACCGCGAAAGCCACUCAACCAGCAAACUGAACCAUAUGCUAGGUCAGAGGCAUACGGCUUUCAUCGUGCACACCUUGGUUUUGAUAGGCAUGGUGACCGGCGCGACCUAUGCUGGAACUUCUGGUCUCUUCGCUGCAUACAUUGCCGGAGCUGUUAUCAGCUGGUGGGAUUCGGAGCUGCCUCAUCCUUCUCCCGCUGGACAAUCAAAUAAGCUAGAAAAUGCCAACGAGAAAGCAAAGUCACGACCCACCACCACAGCCCAAUGCAGCACAUCACAAGGAGUAAUUGCCGAUCAAAGCAACACCACCAAUGAAGCAUCAACCCCAACCCAAGCCCAAGAGCAGCAAAACUCCAGUUCCCGACCCCAACCCAAACCCAAAGAACCCACCACAGCACCUCGCAACGACACAACCGGCACAGCCAUCUACGAGCGAUACUACCACCAACCCGUGUCCAAAAUCCUCCAACCCUUCUUCUUCGCCUCAAUCGGCUUCUCCAUCCCCAUAACUCGCAUGUUCAGCGGGCCCAUCGUCUGGCGCGGAAUCGUCUACACCAUCCUCAUGACAUUCGGCAAGCUCGUCUGCGGCCUCUGGCUCGUCCGCUUCAGUCUCACGCCCCUCAAAGAUAGCAUCCACUCCACUUUGUCGAAGAUCAAACUCCCUUCAUCCCCUCACUUCUGGGGUAAAAAGGAGACGACGGAUGCGAAUACACCCGUUGCUGCACCCGAAAGCACAACCACGCCUUCCCAACCAAAUCAAACCCAACCCACCACCUCCUCCUCUACCGCCAAUGCUACCACUAGUAACAACAACAACAAAACCUCCCCCGCAAACCCCAUCUCCAUCCACCCGCCCCUCAUCCUCGCCUUCGCCAUGACCGCCCGCGGCGAAAUCGGCUUCCUGAUCUCCGCGCUCGCCGAGUCGAACGGCGUGUUUGCUCCCUCCACCCCGUCCUCGGCAUCCCCGGGAAAGUCUGCGGAGGAAUCAGACAUCUUCCUCAUUGUGACGUGGGCGAUCGUCCUGUGCACGAUCCUCGGCCCACUGGGCGUCGGGUUGUCGGUGAGUCGCGUUAAGAAGCUUGAGGCGAGGAGGGAGAGGGAGUGUGAGGGGAGCGGGAGGGAUGUGCUUGGUGUUUGGGGCGUGCAAUAGAUAGAUAGGCGUUCAAGCUCGCUGCUUCUGGAGAUGUGUAUAUAAAUCAUAUAGAUUCGCGGUAAACAGUGG